AUGGCUACAUCAAAUUUAACUGUUGAUUAUUUAUCGAAAGAUGGUCAUUCAGCGAAGGUUAUUUAUUCUGAACCACUUGAUCAUACAGUUCAAUCUACAGAAUCAAUCAAUUAUUCAGAUACUCAUACUCAAGUUCAUCAACCUCAAUCAACGUAUAAUAUUGCUUCUUCGUCACCUUCUAGCAACCUCAAUCGAAAUAUAAUUCAGUCAACAAGUGAAAUUAGUAGUUACAAAACUUGGUCUAUUAUAAAUAUUUGCUGUUGCAAUAUAUGUCUUGGUUGCCUUGCUUUGCAUUAUUCAAACAAGACAAAAGAUUUUAAAAGAGAAGGUCUUUUGCAAGAUGCACUAAAAACUUCAAAGGUAGCUCGUAAUAUCAAUAUAGUUACUACAAUAUUGGGCAUAUUCGCUUUGGUUUUCUUCUUUAUCAAAAUUCUCAAUCAAUUGAAUUCUGACGCAGUUAAAAGAUAUCAUUGAUUAUUUUAACUUAAUCUAUUCAGACUAUUUCAAAUUAUUAUCUCUUAUUUUAGUUUUAAUAAACACAAAAAUACCAUUAACAAAAUAUAAUUUAUUCUUAAUUAUGUUUUUUCACUGAUAUAGCUUUAUUACUAUAUAAAGCUGAUCAUUUUUAUUAGCAUUGAGCAUCUAAUAUGAGGAAAAAGAAGAUAAAUACAAAUAAUAGAACGAUGCUGAGCCAACCGAUAUUACAUAUGUGUACUCUAGAUAAUUUCAAUAUACUCAAAAAGGAUUAAAAUCAGUUAGAAUCAAUAUAAGUUUAUGUAUACUUACACGCUUGCGACUACUCAAUAAUCUUUAGUUAACAAAAUGACCACAAUACAUUUAAGUCAAGUCAUUAACUCCAUUUUCAAUAAAAUCUACAGAACCGCAAAAAUCAACUCAUAUCUUGUGCAACUAUAUAAUGUAUAGAAUCAGCUAUUUACUCAUUCCUCAGUAGUCUUUAUUUUAGGUAGUAUAGUUCAAACAAUAAAUGAACCAAAUCUGGUUAUUCCAUAAUUGAUUAAUAAUAUCAAUAUUGUACAAUGUGCUACACUUCAAUUUAACGACACAAACUUCAGUGAAUCUAUAAAAUUAUUUUAACGUCGUUUAUUAUCAUCAAAAUUACAUGCUUUUCCUGAUCAGAAAUUAAUAAAUGAAGAGAUAUUGAUUCAUCUAGGUCGUAGAUUGAAGUUGAAAAAUGAUCAUGUUAUAAUAACUCACUUGCAAAAGACAUAUUUUCAAUUUUAAUCUACAUAAGAGUUGUUCAACUCCGCCAAGGACGGUCCCAAGCCCGGCUGCAAAAGGAGGAGGGUAGUCCGCCAGGGUUUGCAACCCGCACGGAUGAAAAGGAAUCUGCAAACACUCAGCCAAACAAGAGAGUCCCCACUGGCGUAGAC